AUGGCCUCCUUAACAUCUCUCGGACUCAACCUCCGCCUUGCCGACAUCGAUGAGAACCUCAAGUCUCAUCCGGCCGCCCUGUCGUGGCCCAACUCAGGCUUUUGCGGCAGUGCCGCUUCCACGAGCCACGACUUCCUUGACGAUGCACCCUGCUUUGCCUUUACUGAAGUGUUCGAAAGCGGCGAUGUUUUCCAAGCCGUGUCGCCGGGCUUGGGUAUAUACCUACCCUUUCAGUCCUCGCCCGGUUCACUGCCCGCAUUCACCGUUUCCAAAUGUCGCCCUUCCAAGACCAUUGAAGUCGAGAUCCGGAGCUUGACGUUACUGCAGUCACUCGCCAUCGCCAUGCCCUCGCCCUUUGACUUCCCCUCGAUACUUUCCAACUACACGACGCUCAAGUCUCACCUACAACACCUUGAAACCAUUUCACCAUCGCACCCUUCCACGGUCGAGCUGCGGCUGCUCGUUCGGGAUCUCCUUCUCGACAGAGCCCUGUACGCAGGAAUCGGUACCGAAAUGUACCGAUCCAACGGCCAUCUCUCUCUCGGCCAGUUGCACGACAUGCACCAGCGAAGUGUCGAUGCUGGCCUGGAUGACCUCGAUGCCUGUUUCUGCCUUGGUCUCCUUCCCGAAGUGAUGGACGACGCGUUCCUCGAAGCGUUGGCCUCUAGGUUCACCGAGCUCGCACUCGCUGGGGACAUGACUGCCCUGCAUGAUCUUUGCGAGCCCAUCGUCCGAUCCGGCGAGGUCGAGUGGGAGACGAACCCUGAUCUACUCCUCGAGCUGCUUGACCGAGACCGGCCGGACAUCUACCGCUACGUUCUCGACCUCGCCUCACGAACGAGGGACAGGUCUACGAGUCAGAACGGGUCGUUCCUCCGGGACAUCACGCACGACCCGCUGCACGUCGCUAUUCGCCUCGGGCACGUCCAGCAGGUGGACAGUCUUCUCCAACAGGGAACAUCGUUCCUCGGUGUCCACCAUGGCGAUUCGACAGAAGGUAGUGGGAACCACGUUGUCCUGACACCACUUUCUGCCGCGGUUUAUUGGGGGCAACCCGAGAUUGUUCGGGUAAUCCUUUCCAGAAACAUCUUUCCGGACGGGCUGAGGGAAGCCGUUGCAAUGGCUGUCUCGAACGCGGACAACAAGAUCAUGGAAAUCAUGCUUUCUUUCGGAGUCAUGGACAUGUCGGGAACGCUCAUUCCAGACAACACAUUCGAAUCGUUUGCAGAACUCAGUCUCAUGGAUCAAGCCAUGGCUGGAGAAGUGCCCCCAGCAUCUUUGGGUGCGGAGACCGUCGGACAGUCCAGAGACCAUCAGCCACUACUCACCAACGGCAGGCCGUAUCCGCCAGAUGGUACCCAGAUGGAUGAUCGGCAGGGCCAAGACCAAGCAGCCAACAACCCCAAAGAGCCGGUUCGGCGGAAACGCUCCCGGCAUCGUCGGCGGGCCCUGGGACGGGGUCUGGUCUCGUGCAUGCACGCGUUGUGCUCCCAGCUGCGCGAUGUCUGUACCUGCUCGGAUCACGGCGACAUACGGGGCCUUGCCAGCAAGUACGUCUUUGCGAACGACGUUUGGGGCCGUGGUCUAGAUGUCUUUCGUGGUUUGAUGCAAGACAAUCCGCCGUCGACCUUGCCGGAGGUGGUUGACUCGCUUCUCGUGGCCAACGCCAUCUGCCUGACCCUCUUUACACAUGACGAAACCAUCUUUUUCCAAUUCGUCAACGACCUCGACCGGUGGCGUUCGAUCUUGCCAGCCUCAUCGCAGGUCCUCUUUGACGAUCUAGCGCUCCGUAUGUGGGCAUACACUCCAUCAGGCGGCGCGCCUUCGGAUCCUAACUCCGACAGCCUUUCGCACUUUCAAGACUUGGUCCAGAACCUGAUAUCGCUCGAGAAGCGCAAGGAGUCGAUGCCGUCGAGGAUCUCUGCUCCCGGCAGCAGGCUUGCAGCCAUCCAGAGGGCCUUUGAGAGCCAGGAAACUCAUAUGGGAUUCAGCCAGGGCCAGGCGAUCCCUGGUCGCUCACAGCCGUGUCAAAGCUCCCAUGCGAGCUCCUCGACCCAACGAGACGACCUGGUGUGGGCGGAUUUCCUGCACAUGGAACAAUUUGAGGACAUGGCUUCAAGACAGACAGGUCCGUCAUCGGCGGAGGUUGGCGGAUGGGAAGACUUGCUGUCCGCCACGAUGCUGCUGCUCGUCUCGGUGGCUUUUUCGAUUGUACUCGCUUUGAUCUUGAGGAAGCCUGCCUUGGACGCCUUUACGUCGACGCCAGCGGGAUACGCCCGCUGCUGCGCCCUUGUGACGGCCUAUCUCAAGAUGCACGGCAUUUCAGCCCGCCCUUCCCGGCUUGAUCCCGAUCCAGCAAUACCGUUUUUCGCAUCGCAAUCGCCCGCAUACGGAUCGGAUGCCUGCAUCACUCCGUCCAGCAGCUUCUCGUCGCUCAACACGCUGGGUGUGCGCCGCAACGUGUCUUCCUCCAGCAUCAGCAUGGGAAGCGCCGGCGCAUCGUCGUCCUCGCGCCCAGCGUCGCGCGAGCACCGGGGCCGAGGAGACAGGAUGCCGUGCCUGACGCCGCAGUGCACCAAGACGUUUUCGAGCGUCAGCAACCGCAACAAGCACCUCCGCGAGGGGUGCGCGUUCACGCGGGAGAAGCGGCAAGGGUACCAGUGCCGGAACGGGCCCUGCGCCAGGGUCUUGACGACAAAGUGGUAUCGCGACACGCACGAGAAGGAACGGUGUCGUUUCCGGCGGGGCGAAUGA